CGCACAGCCAAAAAUAUUUCGAGCUUUUUGUACGCGGAGCUUCGACGGACAGCGAUAUUUUCCCAACCUAAUAUUGACGAUACGAAUUCCCAUGCGGUGGGUGGUGUUCAUCUAGGAGUAUCAACACACAAUAUUCAUCGAAAAUGUCAAUCGACUAUUUGCUCCACGAGAGCGCGGUGGGGUAUGCGAUUUUCCAUGUAGAACACCAGGCCGACACGAUUGGCAAUCGAUUGAAAGAGGUGCAAGAUGCCGGACAAGAUCUUGCGAAGUUCGGAAAGAUGGUCAAGCUGGUCAACUUCGCGCCGUACAGAGGUGCCGCUGAAGCUCUUGAGAACGUCAAUCUUGUGUCCGAAGGAGUGCUCUCCGAAUACCUGCGAUCCAACCUCGAGCUGAAUCUGCCAAAGCCUUCGAAAAAGAAGAAGAUUGUGCUCGGUGUCCAGGACAAGAACUUGGCCGGAAGCAUCAAGGCUUCUUUCCCUGGAGUCGAGUGUGAGACUGGUGAGACGUCUGAAGUGUGCGCCGAUCUACUCCGGGGAUUACGACUGCAUGCGGGAAAGCUUCUGAAGGGUCUACAAGAGGGCGAUGUUGAGAGAGCACAACUUGGUCUUGGUCACGCAUACUCCCGUGCCAAGGUAAAGUUCUCUGUUCAGAAGAACGACAACCACAUCAUUCAAGCAAUUGCGACUCUGGAUCAUCUCGACAAGGCCGUCAAUACUUUCUCUAUGCGCGUUCGAGAAUGGUACGGUUGGCACUUCCCUGAGCUCAUUCGAAUUGUCUCCGACAACCAUACCUAUGCCAAGCUUGCUCUUGCCAUCGGCGACAAGAAGAGCUUAACAGAUUCCUCGCUGCAUGACAUUGCUGCGAUUGUCAAUGACGACGCAGAUAUUGCGCAGGCCAUCAUUGACGCCGCACGAGUCAGUAUGGGUCAAGAUAUCUCAGCUACCGACAUGGAAAAUGUAUCAGCAUUCGCCAAUCGCGUUGUCAAGCUCGCCGAAUACAGGAGAUCCCUUUUCCAAUACCUCGUCGACAAGAUGGCUAUUGUUGCACCUAAUCUUGCUACUUUGAUCGGAGAGGUUGUUGCUGCUCGCCUGAUCUCACACGCCGGAUCUCUCACAAACCUCUCCAAGUACCCCGCAUCAACUGUCCAGAUUCUUGGAGCAGAAAAGGCACUUUUCAGAGCCCUGAAGACCAAGGGAAACACACCAAAAUACGGAUUGAUCUACCACUCAAGUUUCAUUGGAAAAGCCGGAGCUAAGAACAAGGGUCGUAUUUCGAGAUUUUUGGCCAACAAAUGUAGUCUUGCUAGCAGAAUCGACAACUUCUCGGAAGAGCCAUCGACGAAAUUUGGUGCUGCGUUAAGAAAGCAGGUUGAGGAAAGACUCGACUUUUACGCUACUGGUGCUGCCCCAACCAAAAAUGAGGAUGCAAUGAAAUCAGCAAUGGAUGCCGUUCUUGGAGACAUCAACAUUGCCGACCCCAGCGCAGAUGCUGACAUGGCAGACAUCGCCCCUCGAGCCGUACAAAAGCAAGAGAAGAAGUCCAAGGACAAGAAAGAAAAGAAGGAGAAGUCGAAGGACAAGGAGGACAAAAAGGACAAGAAACGAAGACAUAGCGAAGUCAACGGUGAUGCUGAGUUGAGCGAAAAGAAGAAAAAGAAGAAGUCCAAGAAGGAAUCUAUGACUUCAGAAUAGAUAGUUUCCUGAUCUCGGUUAUGUAAAUCUGGGCUUGCAUCUGAGCAUCUGGGCGUCGGUUGGUGUUUAGAUGUCGGCAUUGUGUGUUUGAAUAUUGGCGUUGUGGGUUAUAUCUAAGUCUGGGAUGAGGGAAAACUUGUCUUCUGUGCAAUUGGCAUAGCUCGUCUUUAGAUAGCGCAAUGCCUUUUUUGUAAUUUGUUUCUUCGCUUGGAUUGUGCAUUUAAGGUGCUUUAUGUGACAUUUCUGCAUAAGCUCGACCCUCUUGAGAUCAG